UUAUGUGAAUGGUGGUGGUGGAGCAUAGAUAGGGACAUCGAUUUUGUCUUUAGCAACAUUUUCCUCGAAAUCUCACUAUGUUUUGCAGGAAAACAUCCAUGGAGUUUCUGUACUAAUAGAGUCGUCAACAGUCACACAGAGCCUCUUCCUCUUUUUUAAAAUCCUUCCUCCGUCAAUACAUGUAGGAAUCCGUGAUCCUCUUUCUACCAUACUAAUGAAUUCUUCUUUUUUCCUUGGCUCUGUGGCAGCUGCUGUAGGCUUCUUUACGUUUUAUAGAAAAUGCAGAUUCCAACAAGAUAACAAAGAUACUAAAUCUUCUUCUUCUUUAUCUCCUCCAACUUCUUUGUCUCUUCCAUCUCCUCCAACUUCUUUAACUCUUCUAUCUCCUCCAACUACUUUGUCUCAAAACUGGAAACACCAUGUCUUCCCGAGCUUCCACGGGCCAGAUGUACGAAAAACCCUUCUUAGUCAUAUCCUUGUAGUGUUCAAGGGAAAGGGAAUCGACCCAUUCAUUGAUAAUAAUAUACCGAGGAGCAAGUCGAUCGGUCCAAAACUCAAAGAAGCUAUUAAAGGAUCGAAGAUCGCGAUCGUCUUGCUCUCUAAGAACUAUGCUUCUUCAUCGUGGUGUCUUGAUGAGUUGGCAGAGAUCAUGAGCUGCAGGGAAGUGUUGGGUCAGAUAGUCAUGACCAUUUUCUACGAAGUAGAUCCAACUGACAUAAAGAAACAAACCGGUGAUUUUGGGAAAGCCUUCAGAAAAAGUUGUAAAGGUAAAACAAAAGAGCGCACUGAGAGAUGGAGAAAAGCGUUGGAGGAUGUGGCUACCAUUGCCGGAUAUCAUUCUCACAUAUGGAGCAAUGAAGCAGACAUGAUCGAAAAAAUAGCCAGUGAUGUUUCAAACAUGUUGAAUAGCUCCACACCAUCAAGAGAUUUCGAUGGUUUAGUAGGGAUGAGAGCUCAUAUGGAAGAGUUGGAACAAUUGUUAAGCCUAGAUUUGGAUGAAGUAAGGAUGAUAGGGAUUUGGGGGCCGCCUGGUAUUGGUAAGACAACCAUCUCCAGAGUUGUGUUUAACCAAGUCUCCAACAGAUUCCAACUUGCCGCAAUCAUGGUUAAUAUCAAAGGAUGCUACCCACGACCUUGUUUGGAUGAGUAUAGUGCACAACUGCAACUACAAAGCCAAAUGUUGUCUCAGAUUAUCAAUCAGAAAGAUAUUAUGAUUUCUCAUUUAGGAGUGGCACAAGAACGAUUGAAAGACAAGAAAGUGUUACUCGUUCUUGAUGAUGUGGAUCACUUAGAGCAACUAUAUGCCUUGGCGAAAGAAAUUCUAUGGUUUGGUCUUGGAAGUCGGAUUAUUAUCACAACAGAAGAUCUAAGAAUUUUGAAAGCCCAUAGGAUCAAUCAUAUUUACAAAGUGAAAUUUCCAUCAAGUGAUGAGGCUUUUGAAAUAUUUUGUAUGCAUGCCUUUGGACAGAAACACCCAUAUAAAGGUUUCUUUGAGCUUGCUAAGGAAGUUGCAUACCUUGCCGGUAACCUCCCUUUGGGAUUGAAGGUGCUAGGCUCCGCUUUGAAAGGAAUGUCCAAGCAGGAGUGGAAAAGGAUACUACCAAUGUUACAGAUCAGCCUUAAUGGAGAAAUAGAGAGCAUUAUAAAGUUCAGCUAUGAUGCCUUGUGUGAUGAAUAUAAAGAUUUAUUUCUUUAUAUAGCCUGCUUUUUCAAUCGCAGAUAUACUCAUAGAGUGGAAGAGUUUCUUUCGAAGAAGUUAUCGCAUGUGACGCAAGCUGGUAUUCAUGUCUUAGUCGAAAAAUCUCUCAUAUCUAUUGACCAAUUGGGAUUUAUAUCUAUGCAUACUCUGAUUAAGCAAUUUGGAAAAGAAACUUCUCGUAAGCAAUUCGUUCAUAAUCGGCUUCUUAAAUGUCAGCUUUUGGUUGAUGGAAGAGAUAUUUGUGACGUACUUGGUAAUGAUACAACAGAUAAUAGACGUUUUAUAGGGAUUAAGUUUAAGUUAUCUAAGACUGAGGAAGAAUUGAAUAUAAGUGAGAAAGCACUUGAAAGAAUGUCUGAUCUCGAAAUCGUAAGAAUCAAUGGUAGGAAGGAUCUUGCUCAGACUGAGAGACUGCACUCACUUCUGUAUCAUUCUCAAAAGAUUAGAUUAUUGGAUUGGAGUGAUUUCCAGAACAUAUGUCUGCCAUCUACUUUUAAUCCGGAGUUUCUCGUCGAACUAUGUAUGAGUUCCAGCAAGCUUCAGAAGCUAUGGGAAGGAACUAAGCAACUAAAAAAUCUCAGGUGGAUCGAUAUGAGUUAUUCUAAAGAUUUGGAAGAGCUUCCCGAUCUUUCAACUGCCACUAAUCUCGAAGAAUUACAUCUUAAAGGAUGCUCAAGUUUAGUGGAGCUUCCUUCUUCUAUCGGGAAUGCAACCAAUCUCCUGAGAUUAGAUCUCUCUCGUUGCUCAAAGCUGGUAAAAGUUCCUUCUUCUAUUGAGAAUUUGACCCAUCUCCAGAGUUUAGAUCUCUCUUAUUGCUCAAAUCUUGUGGAGCUACCCUCUAUUGGAAAUGCAGCUAAACUAAAUCUUAGUCGUUGCAAAAGUUUAGUGGAGCUUCCUUCUUCUAUUGGGAAUGCAACCAAUCUCGAAGCGUUAGAUCUUUAUCGUUGCAAAAGUUUAGUGGAGCUUCCUUCUUCUAUUGGGAAUGCAACCAAUCUCCUGAGAUUAGAUCUCUCUCGUUGCUCAACCUUGGUGAAAAUCCCUUCUUCUAUUGAGAAUUUGACCAAUCUCCAGAGUUUGGAUCUCUUUCAUUGCCCAAAUCUUGUGGAGCUUCCCUCUAUUGGAAAUGCAACUAAAAUUGAGGAACUGAAUCUUACAGAUUGCUCAAGUCUUGUGAAGCUCCCGUCUUCUAUCAAUGCCACUAAUCUCAAGCAAUUGCUUCUACAAAACUGUUCACGUGUUGUGGAGCUCCCGGCUGUUGAGAAUGCGACUAAUCUCCGGAUAAUGAAGCUCGAUAAUUGCUCGAGUCUACUAGAGCUCCCUCCUUCUAUUGGAUCUGCCACAAAUCUUCAAACAUUGGAUAUCAGUGGAUGUUCAAGUCUCGUGAAACUCCCCUCCUCUAUUGGAGAUAUCACUAAUCUCAAAAACUUUAGUCUAUCCAACUGCUCAAGUUUGGUGGGGCUUCCCUACUCCAUGGGAAACCUUCAAAAUUUGUCUACGUUGAUGAUGCGUGGAUGCUCAAAGCUAGAGGCUCUUCCAACCAACAUUAACUUGGAAUCUCUCUCUUCACUUGAUCUGAGAGAUUGCUCGCAGUUGAAAAGUUUUCCUGAGAUCUCCACAAACAUUAGGUAUCUCAACCUCACAGGAACUGCAAUAAAAGAAGUUCCUAUGUCGAUCAUGUCGUGGUCUCGUCUUUCUGAGUUUCGUAUGUCAUACUCCGAAAGCCUCAAGGAAUUCCCGCAUGCUCUUGACAUCAUCACAGAGCUGCUUUUUCUUAACGAAGAAGAUAUACAACAAGUUCCUCCAUGGGUCCAGGGAAUGUCUCGUUUACGUGAACUUAGACUCCACAACUGUAAGAAUCUGGUAUCACUCCCCCAACUUUCAGAUUCCCUAUCUUACACAGAUGCAGACAACUGUGAAUCCCUUGAGAGGCUGGAUUGUUCCUUUAACAAUCCGUAUAUUCGUCUGAAGUUCAGCAACUGCUUCAAACUGAACCAAGAAGCCAGAGAUCUCGUCAUGCACACAUCGACUCGUUCUUAUGCGAUGUUACCCGGUACACAAGUCCCUGCCUGCUUCAAUCACCGAGCUACUGCUGAGGGUACCUUGAAAAUCAAGUUGAUUGAGUCGCCUCUUCCUAUGUCCUUGAGAUUCAAGGUUUGUAUCAUGCUGGUUGAAGGUACGGAAGAAACUUUUGAGACCUCGGCGUUGGUACGGAUUAGCUUCGUGGACAAACAAAAUAAUCUCAAGGUUCGGUGUACAUCAUCAAGCUUCCAUGCAAUAGGUCGAAGAAUUCUAACAGAUCAUAUCUACACAUUUGAAGUUAAUGCAGAGGAGGUGAGUUCCACCGAGCUUCUCUUUGAGUUUACAAUAGCCAAUAAUAGCAAGUGGAAGAUCGGAGAAUGCGGGAUAUAUCAAAUCUUGGAGGAGGGUUCAGAGAUGGGCAUCGAUGGAGGAGAAGCAAGAAUCGUCAAGAGCUAUUGAGACUUUGAAAUUUGUGUUUCUUAUUCACUUUUUAUUUGUGAAAUAUGGCGGAUCCAGACCGAAUGAAAUGUGCUGCGAAACCUUGCGGGAUUGAGAUAACAUCAUUAUCCAGACCGAGUCAGGCAUCUGAUUUUCUGAGAAUUUGAUCUUAUUCUUGCAUUGGAUGAGCAACAAAAAAAAAAGAGUCAUUAUUCUUGCAUUGGAUGAGCAAAAAUUAUGUGGUUAAUUAGAUUAGUAUCUCGGACAAGGAUUUUCCAAAUUCAGAUGUGCUUAGUCUUUGAAGAGUUAAGUUAAUAUCCGUUACACCAAGUUUCUUCAGGUUAAACUAAUAUACACCCAAACACGAUUAGGGUGGAGUUCAUGAUUUUUGACAAGGACAAAGCUCACAUGGAAAUGGAAACUUGAUUAUUGAUCUCUUACUUGGACUUGCUUAAAGAUGCAUGUGAGUCUUUUCUGGAUAGUAUAUAUAUUUCACAGUCCUACCGUUGGAAGAAGCUGGUGGACGAGGGUGUGUGUACACGGGACUCUUUGGAACAUGCAAACGCAUAUAUAUAUAUAUGACAAACGGCAUGAGAGACUAUACCGAGGAAUCUCUUACAAGAAAACUACAAAAUGUUGGCAUUACCACUUUUUUCUGUUGGGGAAAAAAGUUUACAUGUAUUUUAGGGACCAAUCUGGCAUGUAUUCAAGACUAGAGAAGGACCAAUCUGGCGAGUAUUGCUGGUUCAUAACACGAUAUAUAGUUACCUGAACAGACUACUGAAAUCCUGUGCUGGAACCACUACACUAUAUAUAUGCUGAGUACUAAGAAACCAGGUCAUGUCACUGCUACAAACUGUAUCUAAUAAGUCCCGGUUUCUUUAUGGAUUCUUAAUAUAUAGUUGAGAAACUUAACAACA